AUGUGCUACAUGAUUAAUUGCACCUUGAAAUUUCUGCUAGGACAGGCGGUACAACUUGUUUCUCCAGCAGGGGAGACUGGAAUGCUGGUUGUUGAUUCUUUGGUGCCAGAUGGACCUGCAGAAAAACAUCUGAAACCUGGUGACGUGCUGAUUCGCAUGAAUGGGGAGAUUGUAACGCAAUUUCUCACUAUGGAGUCCUUACUUGAUGAGAGCGUUGGCAGCGAGAUAAAUUUGCAGAUCGAAAGAGGUGGAACUCCUUUGACAGUAAAGCUGAAGUACUACAACACUGGUAGUUGUACACAUAUGAUGGUGAUUCGCUCCGGCCAUUCCAGUUUUGGCGGUGGUGGUGCUGCUGCUCCUAUGAUGGUAGACUUGUCUGAUUUCCCUAGCCGCAUCCAUGGUGAUGAAGCUCGGCCUAGGCUAGAACCCCCUCCAGUGAGCUCCUCAAGUCCUCUUAUACCCCUCCUACUUGCUUGUUGGUUCUAUGCUCUGCCUUUGUGAGGUGUAAUUGUUCAAUUUUGUUCAUAGUCGAGCAUUGGAUGAUAUUGUAUUUGUCAUGAUGUACAUGGUUCAUGAACUAUGCCAACCUGCAGCUUUGUUGUACUAGUGAUAGUAGGAUAAUGCAAGUUUUGACAAUCCAUGCAUAUUUCCACAUCAUAAUAAUC